CAGUUGGUUUUUUGCAUACACAGCCGCCGACUACGUGGCUCAUUUGAGCCACGUAGCGCAUGAUGAGUUAGAACUCCAGUGUCGUUGGACCCAAUUAGUUCUCUUCCCUCUUCAGAUUAUUUCUCUUCGGUUAUAUUCUAAAAUCUGUAACAUCCUAGAAAACAUGUCGGUGCGACUACCAGAUGUGAAGAUGCUCACUAAUGCUCGCUUGAUGACUCUAACGCGGCUCGGAAACAAAGUUGGGACUGCAAAUGGCACCUAAAUUUGGGGCAUUAGAUCGCAUUUUGAUUUCACAUUUAAGGGUUACAAUGGUCACAUACCUCAGAUUCUCAGAUUGUCGACCCGCACGAGAGGUAUCGCCAGUUCACCCGAUGUCCCACUCUGCGGAGGGAGCUCUUCGAGCUCGCUUUGUGCAGCAUGCAAAUUUCGACGACGGAAGUGCAUGGCCGAGUGCAUAUUCGCACCGUACAUUCCUGCAGAUCAGCCUUUGAGGUUUGUGUAUGUGCAUAAAAUGUACGGGGCCAGCACUGUCACCAAGAUUUUGCACGACAUGCAAGAAUCGAGCCGAGCAGAUGCGGCGGCUUCGUUGGUAUUCGCGGUCGAGGCAAGAGUGAAAGAUUCGACUUACGGAUGUUGUGGCGCCGUCGUUUGGCGGAUGAAUCAAAGAAUUGAGGAGUUGCGAAAACAAAUUGCGGAUCUGGAUAAACAAGUAUACUGGUUGGAGCUAAAAAUGCGCGAGACACUGACUCAGUGGCCAGUGGUCCCCCAGUCCCUCAUCUGUAGUUAAUAGUCUUCGUUAGUAAUGUAGUUGCAUGGAUGGUUACUGUACAGCAUGGCAAGGAUUUCGUUUCCUUGACAUGUUUUGUGUGUAAUUAGUCAAUCUGUAGUCAAUAGCACGUUGCAGACUACAGUGGAUCUCAGAAAUAUAGUCUGUAGCCCUGUUAUUAAAUGCCCUUGCAUCGCAGUCAACCGCGAGGCCUCUCGCCACUUUCGUGGCAUAUAAUUCCAAAGUACAAAGUUAAAUCUCCACAUAGUGUUAUUUCUUGUGAGUGACAUAUUACCAUUAGUGAUAUAAAAAUGAAUAACCAUUAGUUUCCAA